GCUUUUUGCUUUGUUCACAGGUACCAACACCUGUGGUCAGGUGCCUCUCCACCUCACUCUCUGGGGACUCUGGACAGCAAGCAGAUCUGUGUUGCUGACUAUCUUAAGGACCCAGAGCAGAAAAUUCCUAAGUACCCACCUAACAGGUCACCAGCCAGGUAAACGCCCUCAUUUUCUAUGAAAACUAGUAACUAUAAGUUGAAUUCAGAAUCACAUCUCAGGAAAUAUUAAUCCAAACAAUAUAGUUUCAAAGAGCACAAACACGGAAAAUCUUUUUAUCCUUCUGCUGCUCUACACCCUCCCUUAGGAAAUCUGAUCCCAGUUCUUGCCACUCUUCCAGUCUUGCAAGAGAAGAAAGCAACCUGGGACCUGAGAGAAAUUACUUCCCCAUCAACCUAUUCACUGGGACGAAGGCCCUUGGGGAAUUCAGAGAAAGAAAGGAGGAAAGGAGGUGGCUCUGCUGGGAACAGGGAGGGACCUCCUGGGAAACGAAACUGAAACUUUGCAGCCCAGAUCUCUGGGGCAGGACUCUUGGCUCUGUCUGUGAGGUGCACUAAGCGCUAGGUGAGCCAGAAGCCAACAGCCAUGGCUUCCAGUCCCUGCCCGCCAUCCCCUCUACUCCUGCGGCUGCCAGAGUCCAUCCCCUGGGCCCACAGGAAACUAGAGAAAUACUUCCAGAGCCGGGCCUGCGGAGGCGGGGAGUGCAGUGUCCAGCCCUUGGGCCCUAGCGCCCCCCAACACCUUCGAGGUGAACUUCCUAGAAAGGGCAGCUAAGGAGAGAGUACUGAAAAAGAGAGAGCACCAGAUGGAGAUUGAUGGCAAACCUGUGACCAUUUUCCUGGAAACCACAAAAAAGCCAGUGGAGGACCCAAGACCCAGUCCUCCGUCUCUGACACAGCCAGAUGAGGCUCCAAGCUCCAGUCCUCCAUCUUUGACACAGCCAGCUGAGGCUCCAAGCUCCAGUCCUCCAUCUGUGACCCAGUCUCUGGAUGAAGCACUGUUUGAUGAAGGAACUAUUUAUAAUUCUGAUGACACUAUUGUCCAGAUGGUCUUUCUUGCUGUGACUGCUGAGCUGAACUGUGAGCUGCUCUCCAAAGAGCGGAGGGAACACAUAGCCUCUGUCUGCCCUGGCGUAAGAAGCAUGGAGGGUAAGGAUGGAAUUGCCAAGGUGUGUGGCAGCUUCAAAGAUAUUGAGAAGAUACAUCACUUUCUGAGUAUGCAGCUUUUAGAAAGUGAGCAGAAGCAAAAGUGCCCAAAGCACAAAUACACCCUUUCAGAUGUGGAGAGAGAGCCACCCAACCAGCAAGACUUGGGUAGGGACUUUUCCUCUUCAGACCCAGCAACUGGGUUAGAUGUUUCUGAGCGCUGUUUUGAAGUUUAUGUGUUUUUCCUUGAAUAUUUCAGACGUGCCUUGAUAACUGUUUUGUUAUAUGUAAUUUUACUGUGUUAAAGUAAAAGUCUUUCUUUUUUGUUUAAACAGAAAAAGGGGAAAUGGUGUAGGAGGUUCGUCUUUCUAUAUGUUGGAUUAGCCUAACAGACAACACAAUGAAAUGUCUUUCUGUAUUUAGCUCCUUCACAGUCAAAAAAUUUAAAGAAAACAUAAUAAUACACAGAAUCCAGGCUCUCUGUGAAUUUUACAUGGCUUAUUUUUCUUUAUUUUAAUCUAUAUCUGUACUCUGUCUCUUUAAAGACUUUACCCUUUUUAAAAAGCAUUAACUUUAUUUUAAGGCAUUAACUUUAUUCUCUAUAUUCUUUUUCUUCCCUCUCCUAAACCUACGUACAUCCAUCCAACACUGUGACCAAUUUAGAAGUCUUUUAUGUCUGAAUCUGUCCUAUUGUGAAUCUGUAAUUCUUUACUGUCCAGGAGCACUUUUUAAAAUGCUAAGUGCUUCUUAAAAAAUUAGCUGCGCCAUGUAGGGGUAAUAUGGUACCACCUGUUUCCUGACCAGUCUAAACCUUAACUGUGUUGCUAUUAUGAUAAUUAUGAUAGUUCCUAGCUGAGAUCAGCACAGUUCAGCAUGGCAGAGCUACUCCUGCCUCAGAGCCAUUUGGUGCCCCUGAGCCACGUGCAGUUCCAGGCACACAGCGAGUCCACAUUGCCAUCAAGCAAGCAAGCUGUAGCAAUUUACUCCCAAAACCCCACUCAAAAGCUCUGUUUCCCACCAGAGCAAGACAGAGAUCGCAAUGGCGGCACAGCCCGGAAACUGGAUUUCAAAACCGCCACUUUCUAGUAGACCUGAUCCUGCUGCCUACUCAGGCAGGAAGAGCUGAGCCACCGGCAUGGCCUCAGCUACUUUAUUCCCAACCCCGAGUGGGCACACAAACAUCUGAGCCCACAAAUGCUCCAUAGCCGAAAUUGUGCCGGCGGCAGGGCCCAGGAAGCCUCGUUUUAAAAUGGUGCGGCUUUUUUUUCCUGCUGCUAUUGCUGAGUCAGGAAAUCUCUCUACGGCACGCCCUAGCAAACAGCAAAAAGCUGUGUUAAACUCUGUUUGUUUGUGUGUGUGUGUGUGUGUGUGUGUGUGUGUCUAGAAUUCCCUUUUAAGCCCUCUCAGUUUUUAUGUGGAGUCCAUCAUGUUGGGCACCACUUUGUAGUAAUGAGGAGCAGUGGGCUGUGUCCCACCACCUGGCUAGCUUAGCCCCUGAAAUAACCACAUGGAAUUGUAUUAAUUUAAACACUGCCUGGCCCAUUAGCUCUAGCCUUUUAUUGGUUAACUCUCACAUCUUGAUUAACCCAUUUCUAUUAAUCUGUGUUCAUCACGAGGUUGUGGCUUACCAGCAUGAGGCUAACCAGUGUCCAUCUUGGGCAGAAGCAUGGCAUCUGCCACACUUCCCUUCUUCCCAGAAUUCUGUUAUGUCUACUCCACCCACCUAAGGGCUGCCCUAUCAAAGGCCAAGGCAGUCUCUUUAUUCAACCAAUGAAAGCAACACAUAGAAAGAAGAACCUCCUACACCAAUUUUACUGUGACAAAUGCAUGGGUACCCAUAGCUACAAGCAUGUGCUCCCUAAGUGCAAGCAUGAAUUCUGCCCCUCUUGUUUCUCUAAGGCCUGUCAUUAAAGCCUGUCUGUCCUUUGUGUCAGACUUACUAUGAUAUUGAGAAGAAGUCAGAAGAAAGCAUGGAUAUUAGCAUAUUAAAACAGUCACUUCUGGGUUAUGAAGACUGUGACACAAUUGAGAUUCAAUAUAUUAUAGAAAGUGACAUUCAAACAGUAAGUGUACCAGAGGAACGUGAGUUUCUUUUGGCUCUGCUAGAAUUACCAGCACCCAAGGGGUUGUCCUGUAGCCUCUUAGAUGCUGAUUUUCCUAAGAACUCAUUCAGUGAUUGUGGUAGGGACAUAAUAGUUAGAGGCCAUACUGUUCGCUUAGAACUUUGUAUAUUCCAUCUUUAUGUGGCUUAUUUUACUCUUUUAAUCUAAGACCUGUCUGUACUCUUUGUCUUUAAAGACUUUGUUUUAUUUUUUUAACCAUUUACUUAAAAAAAAACUGUCUAUAUCCUUUUUCUUCUUUCUCCCAAGACUUCAUAUAUUUAUUCUACACUGUGACCCAUUUAGAAGUCUUUUUUAAA